AUGCAGGACGUAGCAAUCUCAGUCUUGGACCCGCGCCUCACCCUCCAGGCCUCAUCGUCCCAGUCUACACCUAGGUCUCAUGGUCGCUAUCGUCAGGUGCACCUCAGCUUCGCGGACCCCCCAGUAGAGUCGCGAAAGCGCGCCCGUAGUGUACCGUCUACACCCACUCAAGAGGAGCUUGAGGCGCUGGACAAGGCUAUCGCAGAAGAUGCAGCAGUUCCCCAGGACACCCAGAACCAGAUCCCUGCUGCUGAGAAGGCGAAUGGUCGUCGCUUCAGCACGUCAUGGAAGCAGACGUACUCAUGGCUGAGUCUAAACGUCGGUGCAAGGGAUUUUCAGAAGUCGGCAUGCCGCAACCAUGACCAGUCCAAGGUGCACCUCGCGGCGAUGGAUGCUGAACGACUCGCUGAAGGCAUGGAGGUGAGGCGGCGCAGCCUCUUGGACAUGUCCUGA